GUUUUUUUUUUUUCUUCGCUGAGGGGGAGGAAUCAGGAUGUCAGCCAAGAUGUGACAGAAGCGAUGGGACGCUGAGAGAGAGAAGUAACUAUUACUGCACGACGGGACGAGGAAAGUUUAUCUAGACCGAAGAAAAUACAUUAAAAAUCACUUCAAAUGGCGACAAAGCUGUCCGACCUGGAGAAUGCCAUUAGCACCUUGGUCACAAAAUUCCAUGGUGCUUCUUCUGACAAUCAGCCUACGCUGAAGUUAGAUGAGUUUAAAAACCUCCUCUCCUCCCAGCUGCCAAAUCUGGUCAAGACGGAUAAUUUGGGAGAAGUGCUGAAGCAAAUGGAUGUGAAAGAGGGGGAAGGCAUCAGCUUCAAAAACUUCUGGAGCUUGAUCCAGAAUUUGGCCUCUUCCCAGCAUAGUCUGCUGAGCAAUGAGAAGUUGUCCAAAUGCACCUGCCUUUUACUAUGAGCCGUUGGCUUCAACCACAGCUUCCACCAAGACCUGGUCACUCUGCAUUUAUGUAUUUACCCCAAACCACAAUCCAUUCAUCUUCAAACAAAACAUGGUCCUUUUUAUUCCAAUAAAAAAUGUUGCCAAAUAAAUACACCGUGUACAUCAUUAUAUCUGUAAAAAAAAAAAAGCUGUUUUAACAGUGUUCUGAAAGUUACAACAAUCAUCUCUCUUCCAUCGAUUUCAAAUAACAAUAACGUUUCAAUGUACAGACUAGUUAACUAGUCAUAAACCAGUAGAGUGCAACAGUGCCCAACCACUUAGUCAGCCAUCUUUGUUUCAGAAGUAUUUUUCCAAUUCAUUUUUUCCAUAAAUUCCAUAAAUCUUUCAUAAGAGAGUUGUAACCAAUGAAGCAAACCAACCUGCUCCGAGGUGAAUCACAACAUUACAAACUUUGAUUUGAUUAAUAAAAAAAGAUAUUCGAAAAAAGAGGAAAAAGACAAAGGUACAAGAAUGUGUACUUAUCGUCUUUAUUGAGGGCACAAACUACAAUCUCAUGAAGCAUUGUGAAUGAUGUAACUGAUGUAAAAGGGCUAGAAAAUUAUAAAACUAAUGAUUUAGAAUUGUUAAUUAAAAUAUACAACAUAUUUAGAUAUUAUUGCAAAAUAGGAUAUUUGCAAAUAUAUAUGUUGUUUGAGAGUGUAUGGAGACUGGAUUGCCUCAUUCAAAGUGCAUCAUGGGAGUUGGAGGUCGGUGCUGAACUCUUUUGCCAAAUUCUUUGAUUGGCGUAUCUUUCUCUGCUGGAUCAUAAGCACUAUAGUUCAUCAAAAAUUUUAAUAUUAAAAUAUAUAUAUUUUUUAAUGAACUUGAAAUAAUGCGGACGGAUGGCAUCAACAAAAGCAUAUACCACCAAUUAACAACCUCGGAACUCACUGUAGGUCUGUCUUUAAAAGUCUAUAAAUUGUUGUUAAAAAUAAGUUUCCCUAUGUAGAAAAUGAAUGGGAUUUUCUUCUGGAACCAGAUUAUUGUGCUCUGUUGCCUUAACUACUUUAUAUCCACCUUUUUCCUGAACAUGGAAGUGUUCCAUGGUUUCUAACGGAUGCCUGUUUUCAAUUCCUGUCUUCAGUGAUUUUACUCCCAUCAGCGCAUGUUCUUAGUGGAUAAUGUGAUGUUUAGAGUAUUACAUUUGUAAAAAUUGUCCAAAAAAAAAAAAAAACAUGUGUCUCCAUAGUGGCGGGACUGUAGAGUUGCGUUUUUUUCUAGUGGGUAGAUGACAUGAAGCGAUGGUCCGAGGUUAGCUGUGUUGAUAUCAUUAACUACUUUGAGUUUGAAUGACAGACAACAACAGCACAAGUUGAGCCUGAAAUUAAUUUUUACUCCAAAUGACACUUAAAUGGUUAUUGUUCUCCAUCUGGAUUGCUUGUUUUGGUAGUUUUUAUGCUGCUUCUAGAGACCAGAAAUGGAAAACAGGCAAGGCAAUUAGUAUCAUCAUGGCUCCACCCAGGAGUUGCUCAUGAAAACUGUGGAUAUCAUAAGUGAACUGGAGUACACUUUAUUUUCACUUUCAAUACAAGUUCAUAUAUCAUGAUUGUUUGAACCUGUUUAUUGCUCUGUAAAGUUAAUGUGACCUGAGUAUUUCUCUGUCAUAACAGUCAUUUUAGCAUCUGACACUAUUAGUCUAAACUAUAGCCAUUUUAGUCUAAAGCAUGUGUGUCAUGAUGUAGAAAUAAACAAAAGGGCAAAAACAAAAAAAGCAUAUAUUUAUAUUUUGUAAUUUGGAUCUUUUUUUCUUUUCUUUUUUUUGUUGUUGUUGUUGACCAAACAAUAAAUACAUCUUUCUACCCUGAGCUUUUGUGUAAUAAAAUUCAUCUCAAAAACAGUC